AUGGACAUAGCUGCGCGGCAUACGUACAUUCGCACCAACCUGCCAUAUUCGGCCAAUUUUCGUGGGCAGCCUUGCGGCUGUCUCGAGAUGGGCGUUGCGGACCACGUCCUCCUAGAUGAGGUAAAUGGGACGAUAAUAUCCCAAGCUGGAAUUGCCCGGAGCAUGGCGAUGAACCGCUCCGCUUCGAUCGGAUCUACGAGGAAGGUUCCACGCCGUGUCUUGAGCAAUGAAAUGUCGUUCAUGAGCACGGGUGCAGGCAGUGUCAUGUACGAAGCAGGGGACUUGGAGGUGUAA